AUGUAUUCUCGUGUUUUGUGUAUCUGUUGGGCGUCAAGAAAUCCGUAUUGAGAACAAGUUUUGUGAAUGAUACGAUGGACGUGGACUCCACAACGCUAUCGUAUAUAAGCAACGCCAACCAUCAGUCGAUGCUCUCUUAUCUUGCCAACAUCACCUCGUCUCUCACCUCGUUACUUGACUACCUGAUCUUCUUCUCUCACUUUAGUUUACGCUUGAGUUUGUUCUUGGUAUCUAGCAUAUCACUAUUGUCCUUGUCUUUUGCCUGUACGUCCUCCAAAAUGCAUUUUACAAGCUUCCUCACUCUUGCCCUCUCGACCCUCGCAGCGGCAAAACCUUACUACGGCCAGUAUGACUGGGCGAACACAACUCUUCCUUCUAACUACACAGGAGCGCCAUGCAAAUCUUCAUCAACGUCUGGAGCAGCUUACCCUACGGGCACAGGCUCACCAUCGAAAACGACAGCACUCCCAGUAUUCACCGGUGCGGCUUUCAAGCCUCAAUCGGAGAUGUUGGGGCUUAUGCUUGCCAUUGGAGGUGGCGUGGUCAUGCUUGCCUAGAUAUUGCGGACUCGACGUUGAUGGAGAUUUGUGCAUAGACAGAGACGAAUUCUCUGGCGUUUUUCUUUUUUGGGGAUCUGGAUGUGGAUCAACGUUGAAUGCUCUGAUUAUAACGGAAAAUUGGGAUAAAGGAUGGGGCCUGCUUGGAUCUGGUUGGUAAUCUUGCGUAGCUUGUGCCCCUCGAUUGAGCUCCCUCUGUAUCCGCACUUUAGUGUAUCUGCAGAGGUUGAAGUCUCCUGGGUUAAGCACCUACACGAAGAUACAUCUCUGGCUGUUCCCUCCGACGGCGUUUUAUUGGAGUUUAGAUAUAUGCAAGGGAAAUGAUACCAUGAGAAAACUAAUGUCGCAAUACGUAGCCAUAAAUGAAUAUAGAGUUCAUAGGAUGUCCAGACAUUUG